CCAUUUCUUCUUUAGAAGUGACACCAUUUUUCCAUAUCCCAAGAAACAUUUUUUUUUCCUUUACUUUUGCCCCCUUCUUGCCGUUGACUGAAUCUACUUCUAUUUCUCUUCUUCUACAUAAAUACAACCAUUUUCCUCUUCAUUCUUCCUUACAACAUCAGUAGUAGUGAGUGUGAAGUUCACUCCAUGGCUUUUGCUACCUCUAAUUCUCUUAGUUGGGAUCUUCAAAGCCUUGGAGUUUUCAAUGCAGACAUGUCGACUUUAGUGAUGGAUCAUGAAGCGACUUCAUUCUUCUCUCCCCUUCAUCACUCUGCAGAUUUCUCAACUGGGUAUUUGGAAGACGCAUUGGUCGAAUUCAGUGAGCGUUCCAAAAGAAGAAAAUUGCUUUUGUUUAGUGAUGAUGAAACCAAUGGCUCAAAGGACUUUGAAAUGUCGUACUGGAAUAACUCAAGCUACAACUGCGACCUCCAUCAGUCUGAGCAUUAUAGUAAUUGCAUGAGCCAGAUAACUAGCAUUAACGGAGGUUCAGAUGAACUGAUGAGCACAAUGAGUGGAAUGAGUAACGAGGAAGCCAACAUGAUCCCAGAAACCAAAACGCCAGAAGAGACUACGUAUUCACCCAUUGAAGCUCUUGACUCAUCGUCUUCCUCCUACAAAUACUCGGUCAAAACAAAGUCCCUUUUUGAUCAUGGAGACACCCCAUUUUCGACAGUUCCUUCUUUUGCUGGUGGUGAUGACAAGAGAAUUAAGAAGAGAGUUAUAACAAGAGUGGUGUAUCCAUUUGCACUGGUGAAGCCGGGAGGGACAGAAGGCGAUGUGACUUUAAACGAUAUUAAUGAGAGAAUUUUGAUGCCGCCAACGAGACCAGUGAGGCACCCAGUUGGGGAUUUUGCCUGUAGGCCAUGUGUAUCUGCUGACGGUCCAGGCCUUUCUGGGAAAGCUGUGGUGGCCCUUACAAGAAUCCACACUCAAGGAAGAGGCACAAUCACCAUCAUCAGAACCAAAGGUUAAUUAAUUAAUAAGCACUGGUUAAUUUAUGAUUAAUUAGUUCAUGUUGUAAUGUAUAUAUACAAGUUAAAGAAGAGGGUCUGUAUGUAAUUGUAUGGCUCACUACUUUUUACAGAUUAUAAUAGUCUACAGCUUUUCUCUUUGAAGAAAAUGCUUUAUGUUGUUUAA